AGGUCAUUGAACAAUUGCUGAGAGAAAAUUGUAAAAACUUCACCAAAACUCGAAUAUUUUUUUUUUUCGAUUAAUCAACAAAGGAGCUUCAGUGAACCAAUUGAAAUAAUUAUUAACUGAGGACAAUAGUUGUCCAUGACUUACAACAGCGACAACAGCUCUGCAGGAGGAUAACAGCAGCUACUCCUGACCCGUCUCCGAAAUGGCAAGAUUUUUCUCGGGAUUGUCGCCUCCGAAGCAACUGCUCACAUCAUUUGUGCUCCUGCUGCUAUGCGCCGGACAAACUUUGUCUGUAAAAGAAGACCGACAAUGUCCAGGAGUCUGCAGAUGCUCGACAAACGAGCAUGGCAAGCAAAGAACACUUUGCGAGACCGGAGGUCUGGUAGACCUGAUACCCGUAGCUCAAAUCGCACCAAACACCCAAGUCUUGAUAGUAAUGGGGUCUGAACACCUGCCGAAUAACUUGAGUCUUGGCCCAAUAUUCAAGGAGCUCAAGGAUCUCGAAGAAAUUCAUCUCACUUGGUCCGGGAUUCCAUCAGUUGGUGAACACAGUUUCUGGGGGAUGAACAAGUUGAAGGUGUUGAAUAUAUCCCACAACUCUCUCACUUCCAUCGUCGACACUAAUUUUCGAGGAGCCAACUCUCUUCUUCGCUUAGACUUGAGUCACAAUGAAAUCGAAUCCGUGCCAUCAGCGGUAUUCAGACACAUCAAGUACCUGAGGUACCUCUCACUGUCGAGCAAUAUUAUACCUAAACUAGUACCUAGAAUCUUCUUUGGACUUUCACGUCUUAGAGAAAUGGACCUCUCGUACAAUCCACUGGGCGACCUCCAACCAGAAUUAUUCAGUGACGUACCUGUAUUAGAAAAGUUUUCGUGCGCAGGUUGCGGAUUGAUGUCAAUUAGCGGUUCUCUUUUGAGUAUGAUGUCUCACCUAACGUACCUGAACCUUCAAAACAACCGAUUGACUCAGAUCCCGCACAAAAUAUCAUUACUUCCCAGCCUUAACGUUCUUUUGUUGGACGGAAAUCACAUCUCGUUCGUUGAGACAGCUGCGAUAUCGGGGUCACCGAUGAACGAAUUAUACUUGAGCAACAACCACAUCGUUCGAGUCGAGUCACAAGCUUUCGCCAACUCCAGUAUUUCAAUCUUAGAUUUAUCCUAUAACCGUUUGUCCAGCAUCGCCCCUGAAAACUUUGACAACUCCAUCGACCAAAUAAGUGACUUGAGACUAUCAGGCAACUCACUACGCAUUGAAGACCUGCUGGAGAUUCUUCCCAUGGCUGAAAACCUUCGUCGCCUUAGUCUAGGUGACAUAGGUCUUACCCUUGUACCAGCCGGCCUGAUGCUGCACAGUUACUCUCUUCACUAUUUGAAUAUGUCAGCAAACUACCUAUCCGUACUCCCAUACGACCUGUUCACUUCUUCACCAAAUUUAGUGGAACUCGACAUUUCGUUCAACGACUUUCGUGGUCUGUCAGAGGAAGUUUUGACUGCGAUCGGGCGGGCUAAAAAGCUCAGAAGAAUUGGUCUGAAGGGAAAUCCGUGGUACUGCGAUCAGUGUCAUAUCACGCCGCUUAUGAGAUGGCUCCAGAAUUCUCCGGAUCAAGAAUCAAACUGCGAUGAUCCGAGGGUUUGGUCGUGUUUGACGUGCGUUGGACCAAAGACAUUCAUGGGAGUGAGCCCUAGUUUAUUGCCAGAAGGAGACUUGCCCGAAUGUGCCCGACUGGGGGAAAUUGCCGACUCUGUCAACUCGCACGCCCCGGGACGCUCCAUAGUCCCAUCAUCAUUCUCUGACAACCCGGCCGACCCUCAGAGUCCAUUGAAUCGAAAAACUUUACAGAAUUUCACAACUAUCUUCAAAGAAAAGCUUCCCAUUUUCGUGAUCUGCUUGUGUACUUUCAUUGGUGUUAUUUUGUGUGUGGUGAUAAGUGGCGUAAUUUUCUAUAGCCGACACUCCGCUUUCUACUACACCAACGAAAAAGAGCUCGAAAACACGAGCUAUUUUGUCUCAUCUGAGACACUGAAGUCACCGCGCUGGAGAACAAGUCGUUCAAACGGAAAAAAUGGCUGCAGUGACGCUCUCGGUAACGGGUCAAACGCCCUCGGGACCGGAUACAACGGGUAUGAAGUCUUCAACGGCCCCGGCAACGGCUCCUAUACGUCAAAUAACCUUCAUCGUCCCACCAGAAACAACAACACUAAAAUUCCAGAGCGUCCCGCGGUUCAACAGGACACAGUGGCCAUAGCCACCAUUGAAGAGCUUGCGGAUAUCGCUGGCUCUUCGGAACUCGUUGACUCGAGAUGGCCAUCUUCUUCACUCCCGCCGCCGCCACCGCCGCUUGCUGCCGCCACCGGGAUUACCAUAUUGGAAUCUGAGCCCCGGCCUGGCAAAGCGUAGAUAACGCGCCAAUUGUUGCAAAAUGCCACGCGUUUAAACGAUCUCGAGGAAGUGGGAUAUCUGACUGCGGUCGUCGUGGCUUGCCAUGUCGUGGAGAAGCUCGAGGAAAAUUGCUUUUGUGAUGGCACAAUUGAAGCUUGGAAAUUCUAUUCAAAUGCCAUAGAAUUUUGAUGUGAACAUAUCUAGAUGUAGUGUGGUUCUGCAUGGAAUCUAUCAUAAAAAGAUGUUUAAAACGAGAUUGAAAAGCGGUGUGAUUUUGAAGUGAAAAAAUUAGAUUUAUUUCUCGGAAAAGUACAUCAAAAGAGCAUUUUUUGCAUGAAUUUAUUGAGAAUUUUAAUUUUUUUAGAAACAACUUUUUAUGUUUCACUUUAUACGCACCGGAAGAUGUGAGUGUGAAUUUAUUGUAUUUUUAUAAGUGGAAUAAAAAGUUGCAGCGAAUUUCUAGAUGAGUAUGCAAAUCGAUAUCACGCGGGAGAAUUGAAAAAAUAAACAAGUUUGGAUUGGUUGAUCGGAAACAGAUAACAAUUUUCGUCCAAUUUCCUUUCAGAAAAAUUCCUGCUUCAUUAAAUUUGGCACUUUUUCAGAAAUUUGAUACCGUCUACGUAGAAAUAAGAAGUAUUUUGUUCAACGAAACUUAGACAAUAUGAGGAUGAAUUCGGUUCAACCAUCCAUAGCUUUAAUCAUCUAGUUACUCGUCUAGUGACGAUCAACAUAGACAAUAAGAGAAAAAAGUCCGUAUACAUAAGUUUUAAAAACAUAUAUUUUCUUCCUCUUUGUGCCAAUUUGAUGCUAUAUUGAUAAGUACAGUUUACAAUUAGCACAGCGGUAUGAGGUAGUUUAAUAUAUUCAUAUGAGCUUUACUUGACAUCAAAUGCUUUUAUUUAACGCUAAUGCCAUCAUUCCAUUACUUAAAUUCUAUGACCUUUUGCGCUGAAACAAAAUUCGAUCUGAAUUCAAAUUAUCGAACAAAAUAAAUGUUGAGUAUCACCCAAAUUCGAGUGAGUUACAUUUCAAAGUUGAAGGCACAUGAUGCGUAGAGUUUUCUUAGUGAAGAAUACAGAGUGUUGAAUAAAUAGAAGCCCCAUCGUCUGUCCAUUUUAAUUCAAAGUUGCCUGUGAAAACUCGAAUAAGUAAUUCAGUAAACACACAUGAUAUUCAGUAUAAGUAAUUCAGUAUCAUGUGUGUUUCGAAGUAUUCUGCGGGCGGUGUAAUAUCCUGCGUGUUGCCGUAUUCAUGUGUAAUUCAGGACAAAGUAUUGUUGCUUCUAGUACAAAAUUCUGUGUGCUGCAGAAUGAUGAAUAAAUUAACUAGAUAUUUUUUGAAUCUAUUAGUCUGUUGUUGUACAGAUUAUCAGUGUACGAUGACCGUUGUAACUAACGACCAUUCGGAAACCUAAUAAAUAUUUUAUAGCUGAAAAUAUUGAGCACGAGGCUGGUUAUUGUAAAAGAAAACUCCAGUAUAUUCUGUGAAAUAACUCAGUUUUUUGUUAGGCUUUAGACAAAAUAGAAAUUAUGUGUGGUGGGUUCAUUGUAUUCAUGAGUCCUGAGAUAAACGAUAAUACUAGUUUUAUGACGAGUAAAAUAAGUUUAGUUACUAAAAUAGAUACUGAGCUGACUAAUAGAAUUAGUCACGAAUAAGUGCCAAAAUUUGUGCUGGAACUAGAAUGAUAUUAAGUAGAGCUCGUAGUUUUAGGUGGCGUGCUUGACAGAUUAUGAUUUAUAUUGUUGAUGUCCGGGUACUUUAAGAGACCCAGGGGCUCUAGAAAAAUAAAGCAUCUAUGAGACCUAGCGGCUCUGAAAAAAUUUGUCCAAUCGGAGAAAAGUAAAACAGAUUGGAUAAAUUUGAAUUAUAUGAACCUGGGUUAGGGUGGUCUAAGAAAAAUGGGUGCUCUUUGAACCUGGGUUUCCCAAUUUCACAUGAAAUUUUGUAGUGUUAUUCUUAACUUAAAUUGGUAAUUUCUGGAGCUGGCUGGCGACCAAAUCAUGGAUUUGUAUGUAUCGUUUAAGGGUUGAUGCUCCAAUAAUUGGAGUCUGGAUAGAUUCAGGAUAUAGAUAGGAUAGAUUCAGGAUAGAGAUAGGAUAGAUUCAGGAUAGAGAUAGGAUAGAUUCAGGAUGUUGUCGGGAUGUAAUAUGAAUGAAGUCAAGAUGCAGUCUGGCUUAAGUCUUGCUGGAGUCAAUUUGGAGUCAGGCUAGAAGUUUGCAUUCGGUCCAGUAGGUCCAGCGUCGUGAGUGCAGUGAGGCUCGCAGCUCAAGCCCAGAUCCUUAAUUGUGCAGCGCAUUAAAAUGUUAUUGCGCCUCAAUUGUGCAGCGCAUUAAAAUGUUAUUGCGCCUCAAUUGUGCAGCGCAUUAAAAUGUUAUUGCGCCUCAAUACGAUAUAUCUGAUGGCCAAGCGACCAUGCCAACGCAAUAUUGGGGCGUUCAUAUUGAAUCUUAUUGACUUAUAUUGCCUAGAGCAACCAAUCAAUUGUUGAACAAAAUUUAGAAUAAUUCAUUGGCUUCAAUAUUGCAGGACAUUGAUUGGUAUUGCGUAAGACAGCUCAUAACAUAUUGACUUCAAAAUGCAUUGCCUAAAAAUUUAAUUUUGUUCAUUGCUAUUGCGUGGUAAAGAUAAACUUUAGAAAAAAACGAUAUUUCUAUGAUAAAAUGGAUGGUAAUACGCCGCCUCAUAGACUGGGUAAAAAGAAACAUAUGCAUAAGAUUUUUACCAACAUAAAAAAAAUUAGGCCGAACUGCCAUGUUGCAGCCGUAAGCUUCACAAGACAAUAAACAAUAGAUUUCUGUAAGUCUGAUGAUUCUGGUCAGAAAUAAUGCCAAAUUUAUGUAUUCUUAAAUAGCUUAAGCUUUCAGUCUACGAGAUAUUAAAACAUUUUAAUAAAUUAAUUUGGUCUU